CUGCAACCCAGCCUGUUUCUACGGAAACUACCGACAUUUUGCUUUGUUAAAUCAUGUUCUGAGACGAGGCCGAGCUGCAGAAUACCAUUAGUAUGGGAUAGGGUUCUUCAGUGCAAACGCUGAAGCAUUGAUAGGACCAUUUUAAACAAUCCACACUAGCAGGGAGUCAUAGUUUGCCAAUCGUAGACUGACGAGAGAAGGUGCUGCGGGUAGCGUGCGUCAUCGACACGCGGUGCUUGCGGUUCCGAGACGGCGGCCGGACGGUGACCGGAUCACGCAGGAUGUGUGAGGUGGAGGACGAUUACCCCGGCGAGCCGCUGCACCAGGCGGCGCCGGCCUCAGCCACGAGUGUUCCACAGACAUGUAUGAAAUGCAAGACCAGUUCAGCAGUGUUGGUCAUUCGAGUUGGUGAUGCGUUUUGUAAAUCUUGCUUCAGAGAAUACUUUGUGCAUAAAUUCCGUGCGAUGUUAGGGAAGACACGCUUAAUUUUUCCAGGAGAACAGGUCUUGCUAGCAUUAUCUGGUGGUCCAACAUCCAGUGCAAUGCUUUGUCAGGUUCAAGAGGGUUUGUCUCGAGAAGCUCCAAAGAAAUUGCGUUUUACUCCUGGGAUAGUCCAUAUAGAUGAGGGAGCUGUAUGCGGAAGGAGCCUAGAGGAAAGACGGGAAACUUUAUCACAACUGGAAUGUAUGUUCCAGGCUUCAGGAUUUCCUUACCAUAUAGUUUAUUUAGAAGAGGUGUUCAAGUUGCCAAAUUCCAUGCUGCACAGUGUUUCCAACAGUCCAGCAAGCCAUGGUGAAAACUACAAAGAGGCUGUCGAUGGUUUCCUACAAAAACAGCGAGAGAUCCUGGUUCAUGCAAAGCAAGAGUCUACAGCUGAGCAAUUGAAUAUCACGCAUUCAGAAGAUCAAGUUCAAACAAAACUGGCUCAGCUAGGUAUUGGUGAUGUAUUUACUGAAGAGAAUUCUGGGAGCAUCUCAUCAGAAAGUUCCACCAGUGGGAAAUGGCAGUUUACUUCAGCACAAACAGAAGCAGUAAAGGAACUGUUUAGUUCAAUAAAGACUCUGACAGCUAAAGAGGAAUUACUGCAAACGUUACGACAUCAUCUUCUUUUGUACACUGCGAGGAUCAAAGGCUACACAAAAAUAAUGAUGGGAGACAGCUGUACUCGAUUGGCAGUGAAACUUCUGACUAAUAUUUCAUUGGGACGCGGAGCAUCACUUGCUAUUGAUACAGGCUUCUCAGAUAAUCGUUAUGGAGACAUCAUGAUUAUACGGCCAAUGAGGGAAUAUUCAUCUAAAGAAAUUGCUUUCUACAAUAAGCUUUUUGAUGUUCCAAAUGUCUUUACCCCAGCAUUGGAUACAAAGGCCAGUGAUAAAGCUAGCAUCCAUCGAUUGACUGAGAGUUUCGUAAACAAGUUGCAGACCGAUUUCCCAUCCACUGUGAGUACUGUUUACAGGACCAGUGAGAAGUUGAAUACAGUUUGCUCUGAUUUGAACAAUGAUGCUGAACAGCCAGAGAAAUGCUUACUGUGUCUUUGUGCAAUGAACAGUAAAAUAGAGGAAGCCUCGGCUUUUCACGCUACUCUUAUAUCAGAAAAAUUAUCACUGAAGCGGCUUCCUGAUCAGGUGCCAAAGGCCACUGAGCAAUCUUGCUGUGGUAAUGAUGGAGAAGAUGACAAAGGAAAAUGCUGUGGCAUGCAGUCAGAAUCAGCGUGCUACUCAACAAGCUGUGGAAAUAGAACUACUGAUCUUCUCGCACUGCUUUGCUACAGCUGUAGGCUAACUAUCAAAGAUAUGGUGUCACUGGAUCUCUUACCACAAUACGUCCUCUCUGAAGCAGAGCGCAGAAAACGCAGAGCACAGGUGAAGGAACAGAUCAAGGAGUUCCUGUUAACUCCCGAGAAGGAAACGGAUGCUGCUAGCUCUUGACCAGUCUGCCUGGAUUUGCCAUAUUGGAGAUUAUGUACUGACUAUCCAUGUAGCAGAAGCAAAUGUGGUCUGAAUAAAUUAUGAAUUGCAACUUGCCUUGUCAUUCUGGCACUUGGCGUUUAAAUAGUUAGGUUUCCAUGUUCAAUCCUAGGAAUUUAUAGCAAGUACAAUGCAGAUUGUCUAUGUAUUACAACAAUCACAACACUGAUGUCUUAGUCUGAUUUGUAAUCAUUGGUUUGUAUACUUACUUUGUGCUGCUCUGUAAGUUGGCCUCAACAUUAAAAUGUCCCAUUUGUAAAUAAAUUUGUUGAAAUAUUAAAUUCUAAAACUGUUCCUACAUAUAGAGUGGUGAGAUUUUCUAUUGCAUUACUUUUAAAGAUGGUUAUUUUUAAGGUUUACAUUUGUUAUUAUCAUUUUGAUUAGAAAUAGAGAACUGAUUGGUUUAACCUACAUUUCAUUAUAAAACAGCACUUUUACAGUGUCCAACUGAAAUCAAAAGCAGGCAUCUCUGCAGUGACUGACCCAAGUUCAGUCCUGGUCUCCAGUGCUGUGUGUGUGUGGAAUUUGCAUGUUUCCCCUGUAUGCAUGUAGAGCACCCUUUGGAUGCUCUAGUUUCCUCUUACAUCCCAGAAAAUGUGGUUUGCUAGGUUAAUGGGCCACCAUAAAUUGCCCAUAGUGUGUCGAUGAGUGAUAGAUGCAAUUGGGGGGGGGGGUACUCAGAAUUUAUGGGUGCUUGAUGGUCAAAAUGGAAGGGUAUUGUUUCUAUGUUGUAUCUUUCUAUGUCAGGAUUAUUAAAUACUGAAUGGAAAAUUUAAAUAGUUGAAAGCAAAUUAUGGCAAAUUUCAGAAAUUGUAUUUGACCUCAAACAGUACUCGAACCAGACAUGCCAUUUUUCUUCAAAGCUUGA